AUGGUGUUGGUUAGACUUCCGUUAUUGCUGAAACUUCCAAUUAUAUUAUGGUUUUUCUUUUAUAAUAUCGAUAUCAUAAGAUGUGAAAAGAUCUUGGAUAAUGAUGGUAAUAAUAAUGAUUGGUUAUUAAAUUCCAGUGGUAGUGGAUUAGGUAUUAGUCAAUUAAAGUAUCAUGAAGAGAAUUUAUAUAAAGAGUUGAAUAUAAUUCCAAAAAAAGACGAGGAAGAAAAAAGUCAUAAUAAUUUGAUAUUACCAUUUAAUGGUACUAGAGUUCCAGGUAGCUUAGAAUCUCUAAAGAUUCAAGAUUACAUUAUUAAUCAUUUCAAUAAUACAUUAAAACUGAAUUGGACCAUUGAAUUAGAUAACUUCCAAGAAAAUGGAUAUAAUUUUACCAAUAUGAUUUUCAGUUUAUUACCUGGGAAUAACGAUGAAGAUACGAAUAUGAAUGAUAAAUAUUUAGUAUUGGCUGUACAUUAUGAUACUAUGAUUAAACCUGAAGGAUUUAUUGGAGCAAUGGAUAGUGGAGCUUCAUGUGGUAUUUUACUAUAUCUUAGUAAAUUUAUUGAUACGAUAUAUUCGUAUGAUCAUGAUGAUGAUAUGGAAGUAACUUCGACUUUAGCAUAUUCAAUUGGCAAAAAAUGGCAUAAGAAAAAGAAUAUAUAUGAUUUCACGAAAUUGUAUGAUGAUAACAGUAGUGGCACAUUUAAGGGAAUCAAGAUAAUUUUCUUUGACGGGGAAGAAGCGAUUGAGAAGUGGAGUGAUGAUGAUUCUAUAUAUGGGUCUCGUCAUUUGGCGAAGAAAUGGCAAGAGCAAAAGCAAACUAUCAAAUUGAAGAAUGGUACUAUAAUUGAAACCAAUGAAUUGGAUAAUAUUGAAGUAUUUGUGUUAUUAGAUCUUCUUGGUAGUAAAAGUGACACAUUAGAAAGUAUUAUGGGUCAAAGGGUACCAAGCUAUUAUUCUGAGACACAUAUGCAUUACGGAUUAUUGAGUACUAUCGAGGGAGAAUAUUUUGAGUCAAAUAUAUCAUCUCGAAUGGAGAGUAGUCGUAUUCCAGUAUUAGAUCCAAGUAAUUUAGUGUUUGAACAAUUUGGUAUGUCAGUAAUUGGAGAUGAUCAUUUACCGUUUUAUGAUUAUGGAGUCCCCAUUUUACAUUUGAUACCGUAUCCCUUCCCUUCAAGUUGGCAUACGAUGUCAGAUACGUUUGCUAAUUUAGAUCAAGAACAAGUGAACCGUUGGGCUAUCAUUUUGAGUGAGUUCACUCUUUCUUGGAUGUCGUCAUAG